AUGGUUACCAUUUUGGUUAAAGACAUUACAAUUGUCAAUGUCUAUAAUCAACCGAAACCAUCCAAGAAAUACCCUGAGCCACCGGUUUUUGAGUUUCUCAGACGGGAGAUCAAGGAACAAUACUCAAAGAUUGUCAUUGCAGGUGAUUAUAACCUACAUCACAAGGAAUGGGAAUCAAGGGCAGGUCCGAAUAUGGAAGCAGAUGAAGUUGUUGAGUGGCUACAUGGAAAUGAUAUGAUGUUAAUUACUCCAAGAAAUCAAAAAACAUACAACAAUAGAACCAAUAUUGAUUUGGUUUAUGGCUCAGUGGACUUACUUCAUAGAAUUUCAUUUAGUGGAGUGGAUGAAAAUACACUAAGUGAUAACUCAAUUGUGGAGUGGGACAUCUCUAUGUCUCAGAAUUGGGAAAAGUUUGACAAGGAGCUUUCUUCUGCCAUUAAAGAUUUUAAUGUGCAUAACAAAACUCUAAAAUCAACUGACCAAAUUGAUGACCAAGCUAAAGUUCUUGAGGAGGUUGUAAAAAGAGCAAUGGCAAAGUCGAUGAAGGAAGUUAAGGUGAUGAAAAAGUCCAAACGCUAUUGGAAUCAAGAAUUAAGAGAAAAGUUAGAAAAAGCGCUAGAAGCUAAAAGGGAAGCCCGACAAAGGCAACCUUCUUUGGCUUUGAAACGACAAAAAAUUGAAGAGGCGAAAAAAGCUAGAAAAAUUUUUGACCACAGUUUGCGUGAGGCAAGUACUGAGCAAUGGAAUAAAUAUUUGUCUAGUUUAGAAGGAAAUGACAUUUGGAAGAUUUUGAAGUAUAUUAAUCCAAAAAGCAAUGAUACCAUUAUACCACAAAUUAGAAAAGAAGAUGGAACUCUCACUACUACUGUUGACGAAAAAAGACAUGAAAUAUGGAAGGCACUUCUACCUGAAAUUGAUCAUGGUCUUGAUAGAGAGUUUGAAAUUGAUGACGAUUCUCGAUGGCCAAAAUUAGAGUUUGAUGAAGUUGACUCUGCAUUGGCUGAUACCCCAAAUGAUAAAGCUCCAGGAGACGAUGGAAUUACUGGCAAAGUUUUAAAGAUGGCAUGGCUAAAUAAAGACUUUAAGGAAAGGUUUUUCAAGCUUCUCCAAGCUUGUGUGAAGUUUGGAUACCACCCAAAAGUCUGGAGACAUGGCAUUAUUGUUGUUAUACCUAAACCUAAGAAACCUGACUAUUCAAAGCCAAGAGCAUACCGACCAAUUUCCUUACUUAAGAUUCCAUCUAAAGUACUGGAAAAAUUAUACAAAAAAGAAUGA